CCCCCUUAUCCCCUUCGCCUCCCUCGCAUCCAACACAAAAACCGCAAAGCAAAAACAAAACUAGCCGUUGUCCCCCACUCUGCUUCCCCUCUCCCUCUCUCUCCGAUGGACUCAGCCGCGUCCCUGGUCAGCCCCUCCUCCGACGACCGGUUCUGGGACGGCCUCCGCACCCGCGUCGACACCAUCCUCGAGGACCGCCGCCUCGUCUCCCCCACUUGCGGGGUGGCGUCCGAGCGGCCGAAGCGGCUCCGGGAGGACUCGCUGAUGCUGGUCCGGGGCCUGGACUCCGUCGCCGCCUCCCUCGCGCAGCUCUCCGACACGCUCACCGCCGCGCAGAAGGGAGUGAAUGCUCUGGCCACGUGCUCUUCCUCCCAGGCGAGAGAGUGCGACGACGGCAAGGAGGAGCCCUACGCGAAGCGGCAGUGCGGCGGCUCCACGGAGUUCGCGAGCCUCGACGCCGGACGUGAUCCCGGUGAUGGUGCGGAUGACGGCGCCGGCACCGAUUCGAAGCCGCGUGAGGAGACAGGGGAUGGUACCCAGGCCUCUGCCGAGGUCGCGCAGAGCACCAAUCUGAAGCGGGCGCGCAAUCUGGCUGUUUCCAUGGCGGGCAGAGCGGCCACCCUUGCCAAGGAGCUGAAGAACAUCAAGUCGGAGCUGCACUUCAUGCAGGAGAGGUGCGGCCUGCUUGAGGAGGAGAACAAGAGGCUCAGAGAUGGGUACGAAAAUGGAGCUGCCCCUGAAGAAGACGAUCUGGUGAGGCUGCAGCUGGAGGCGCUGCUCGCGGAGAAGUCUCGGCUGGCGCAGGACAACGCCAACCUGACCAGGGAGAACCAGAGCCUGAUCCAGCUCGUGGAGUACCACCAGCUGACCUCCCAGGACCUCGCUGAGGACUACGAGGAUGUCAUGGAGGGGAUGCGGCUGGACUUCUCGUCCCCGUUGAGCAAGAUCGACAGUGAUGACGGCGGGCAAGGCGAGUUCGAUGACGAUGGGGUUCCGGUCACCCCGGGCAUUAAGUUGGGAGUGCUGGACUCCUCCCAGGAGUAGGUGAACGUUGUUGGGAGAAUAAGCUAGGUGGUGUUCCAAUGGUGGAAUUCCACCAGUUCGGUGUGCUUCAGCUUGAAUAUUCUGGGUGGCCAGAAUGUGAAGUUUCUUGCUUGACGAUAAUGGCUUAUGUUAUCUAGAAGUAAUCUAUGUCAAUUGUUUAUUUCAUUUUUUAGAGGCUUAAGCGCCUCAGGAUGGAACAGACUUUAUUGUAACCUCUCGCUCAGGUCGUGUAACUGCCGCAUAGAUAUAGUGUUCAAGACGACUGGUAUAUUUUUGGAAUCGACACUCCAAAUAC